AAUCAAUCACAAAUAAAAGAAUUUAAAUCUAAAGUAUUAGGUCAAAUGAGAAGCAACAGUAAAUUGAAGCGGCUCCCACGAAACGUACGACAGCAAAGCUUCUCGAUUUUUCUAUAUAAUCCACGUUUAGCAUUUGUAAAAACCUUCUUUCUCGUCAUCUUUGCUUAGGGUGCUUUAAUGCGUUAUUCCCAAUUCUCUCUCCUUUCAGAUAAGUCUUAAUCCUUGAUUUCAUCAAUUUUCUUUUCUCUCUCUCUUUAAUUUGUCCUAUUUAUUUCAAUCAAUUUCACCAAUUUCACCUUUUUAAUUCGAGAUAAGAUACAGGGUUUAGUUUCAUCAAUUUAUGUUUUGAAAUUCGAUUCAAUGUUCAUAGAGCCUACAUGAGCUAUCAAAUUCAGAUGCGGAGGAUUCGAAUUCUCCACUCCUUUUCAGUUGUUUUCCUCUACUGGUUCUACGUUUUCUCAUGAACUAAUCGCCUCAAUUUCAUGGAUUUAGUUAUUUUUUGUUUUUGAUUCAAUCAAACCCUAACCCUAAUUCAAAAAACUCCCCAAAAUAGUUUUUAGCGAGGAAUACAACGAUUUUUCGGAUUUAGAAGCGGUUAAGUAUUUAAUUAUCAUGCAGCAGCCUCAACAGGUAAGUUCCGGAUCGGAUUCUGAUCCGAGAUAUGCGAAUAUGGAUGAAAGGAAACGAAAGCGGAUGAUAUCGAACCGUGAAUCUGCUCGUAGAUCGAGGAUGAGGAAGCAACAACACGUUGAUGAACUAAUAAAAGAAGCUCAACAGUUGAAAUCUCAAAACUUGGAGAUUUCGAAUAAAAUCGAUGCUGUUUCUCAGAUUUAUAUUGGAAUUCAAUCGGAAAAUAAUGUUUUAAGAGCUCAAAUGGUUGAGUUGACUGAUAGAUUGAGGUCUUUGAACUCAGUGCUUCAGUUUAUGCAGGAUAUUAGUGGAUUUGCUAUGGAUAUUCCCGAGAUUCCUGACAAUAUGCUUGAGCCAUGGCAGAUUCCUUACCCCCUGAACGCCAUCUCGAAUGUGUUUCAGUGCUGAACAUCAAAGAUUGUCAGUGGUGGCGAAUAAUGGCGGUUCUUUGAGAUCAAUAGAGAAAUCAAUGGUGAACAAAGUUAUUGCUGCAAUGCUGCUAUAUGUGGAUUAAUUGUUGUAUUACAAAAGUAUCAUCAACUUAUUUGUGCUUUUGGUUUUAAGAGUGAUUUUUUUUUGUUGGGUCCUUUCCGGUGUGUUAUUGUUUAUUUUUAGAUUUGUUUGAUGCUUUCCAUAUGCCCUGUUUUGGCAUUAUGGUAUGAAAAUUAUGUUGCAUUUGUAAUUUUGUGGCCUUAAAUUUGGUGUUCUUGAUGUAUAAUUGACAUUGUUGGAACUUGGAGGGUUGUUUAUCUCCUUAAUUGAUGGAAAUCCAAUUUGAUUUAUAGAAGGGCCCUUUUUUGUUAA